CUAACCCGCCACAAAGCCUGAUCAUUUAUCAAAACCGUUCUAGCUUCCUAAGUCGAAAACAUGAGCUACAAGGCAAAGACCGUCGUCUCCGCUCGUCGGGACCAGAAGAAGGGCCGCGUUGGCCUGACUGAGGAGCAGAAGCAGGAGAUCCGCGAGGCAUUCGACCUCUUCGAUACCGAUGGCAGCGGCACCAUCGACGCCAAGGAGCUGAAGGUGGCCAUGCGUGCUCUGGGCUUCGAGCCGAAGAAGGAGGAGAUCAAGAAGAUGAUCUCGGAGAUUGACAAGGACGGCUCGGGCACCAUCGACUUUGAGGAGUUCCUGACCAUGAUGACCGCCAAGAUGGGCGAGCGUGACUCUCGAGAGGAGAUUCUGAAGGCGUUCCGGCUCUUCGACGACGACAACUCGGGCACCAUCACCAUCAAGGACCUCCGGCGUGUGGCCAAGGAGCUGGGCGAGAACCUGACUGAGGAGGAGCUCCAAGAGAUGAUUGCGGAGGCGGACCGCAACGACGACAACGAGAUCGACGAGGACGAGUUCAUCCGGAUCAUGAAGAAGACCUCGCUCUUCUAAACGACGCGGCUGGACUGGGCCUAUCCAUCUUGACGCCGGGGCUUGCUUUCACCGCCCUGGGGAUGUGAGAGUGGUCUCAUGCAAAUUGAGAGCAAUGCGUUGGUCAAGCAGCCGAUGAUUGGGCGGCGUGGCGAGCAUUCCUCAGUAUAGAUUAUUUGACACGGACGCUACCGGUCUGUUCCACCAGUACCACCGCACGUGUGGGUAUGGGUGCUGUGAAGGGUGGACACCCUGUGGUGGCGGACCGAUGGCUUUACAUUUAUGCCCUGAUCUUCUAGCUUUCGUCUUCAGGUACCAGGACGCUGGUACAACUGUACAGAAUACGCAUGCCAAGCAUGCGCGAGCGAGGUGGUUAGACGACACCUGUGACUUCGACAGGGAACCACACGUUCCGCUUGACAGCACGACUUGACUGGAUGGACCUGACCAGACUGACAUCGAAAGUGCCUCACAGGCGCUAACAUGUAAAUUU